UGUCAAUGUCAAAUUAUCUAUUAUUAAUGUCAUGGAAAAACGCUAUGCCAUUUUAUGAACGCCGGGAGGGAGGCGUGGUGUGCUUUGGUGUAAAUUUUACUGGCGCGAAAAUUGUUUAUAUCAGUUUACCAAUUUAUUAUUAAGCAAACUCAUUAUGGCUGGAGUUAAAUCUUUAGCUAUAAGGGGUAUAAGAAGUUUCGGCCCUGAUGAUAUCGAUGAACAAAGGAUAACUUUUGAAAAACCUCUGACUCUAAUAUUAGGCCAAAACGGCUGUGGUAAAACUACUAUUAUUGAAUGUUUACGUUAUGCAAUUACGGGGCAAAUGCCUCCUGGUAGUCGCAAUGAAUGUUUUGUUCAUGACGCAAAAGUUAACAGAUCCAAUGAAGUUUCGGCUCAAGUAAAAUUGAAGAUUGUAAAUGCCAAGGACAAACAACUUGAAGUUUCAAGAUCAAUGAGAGUUACUGCAUUACAAAAGAAAAAAACGAAAUUUCAAACAUUAGAUUCUUUUUUGUCAGUGAUUGAUGAAGCAGGGAAAACUAAGGAUAUAUCCUCAAGAUGUGCAGACUUAGAUUUUGUUAUGUUUGAAGAAUUAGGUGUUUCCAAAGCUAUCUUGAAUUCUGUAAUAUUUUGCCACCAAGAAGAUUCCAGCUGGCCUCUAGAUGAAGGGAAAAAAGUUAAAGAACGUUUUGAUGAAAUAUUUGAGGCUGAUCGAUAUAGCAACUGUUUUGACCGCCUAAAAAAGAUAAGGAAAGAUUAUGCACAGUCUUUAAAAAUACUUGAAAUUGAAGUAGCUAGUCUAAAAGAUAAGAAAAAUUACCUGGAUAAAAAAAAAUUAGAAGUUGUAAACACAGAAUCUCGUAUAUCUGAGAAUGAGAUAAAAAUUAAUGAAUUGACUGAGGAACUGAAACCAGUAUCAGAAAAGUUGAAUGCUAUUGUUAGUUUAGAGAAAAAUAUUUUGGCAUUUGAAACUAACAAAGAAAGAAUUAAAACUAGAUUAGAACACAAUCGCUCUCAACAAGUAGAACUCAAAAAAGUUAUCAAAACCAUCUUUGAAGGAACAACUCAAGAAUUGGAAGAAAGCAUAAGUAACUAUGACUCUACUACAAAAGAAAAGCAAAAGGAACUUGCUGCAUCAUACAAAAAGAAUAAAACUUUUAAUGCGGAUGAACAGAAAAUUGCUGAUGAAAAAGGUAUUGAUGAGGCAAUAUUUAAUAAAUUUAUUUUGCUUGAAAGCCAAAAUCAAGAAAAGAUGGACAAAAGAAUCACAAUGAUAAUUGAAACUGCAAAACUAGCAGAAAUAGAGGAUAUGACUGAAAUUGAAUCAAAUGAAGACGCCGAGAAAGGCAUUGAAAAGAUUGUUGAAAAAUUGUCCAGUCUAAGGAAAGACCUUGCAGAACAUAAAGCUGUAGCUGAUGCAGAAGAAAAGAAAAUGCAAGUCUUUGUUGAUGAGAGCAGAGAUGCUCUUUCAAGGCGUAAACAAAUGAUCUCUAACAAAGAAUCUGAAAUAAAAAAAAAUGAGAUUAAUAUCCAGAGAGUAGAUAAAGAAAUCGCCCAAGCUAAUCAAUCUAAGGUAAAUAUGGAGGCCUUAGAACAAAAAUUCAAAACUGCUGAAGAGGAGUACCAACUUUUACAAAAUGAAUUGAAUACUGAAGAAUUUCAACUAGAGAUAAAUAAUGAUGAAAAAGUAUUGGAAACACAUGAGAACGAAUUGGACGAACUUGAUAAAACAAUAACAACACUCCAAAAGCAAAGUACAAAAUUAAAAGAAUGUGAUAUGAUUGAAGAGUCACUGAAACAAAAAGAGAAACAAGCGUCUGUUUUAAAAAAUAAACAUAAGUCUGCUUUAUCUGAACUUCUUGGUACCAUGCCUGAAAAAGACUUUGCUAUUGCUGUUAACAAGUUUGAAUAUAAUAUCCAAGCUGAAGUUGAAUCUAUAAAACAAAAACAAAAAGAAAAGCAAAUCAAACAAACUACUUUAGAAACAGAGAGGAAACAUGUAAAAGAGAUGCUUACUGAAAAACGGAAUGAACUGACUAAAGCUGAAGAUCAAAUGUAUAAAGCUUGUGGAACACAGUCAUACGAGGCCACAUUGUCGAAAAUCACCACAAAUGUAGAGAAGUUGCAGGAUGAACAAAAUGUACUUCAGUCGUCUAUGUUCAUAAUUGCUAAAUAUAAAGGCCAAUUGAAAGACAAUAAUUGUUGUCCUCUAUGCAAUCGUGGAUUUGAUGCUGAAUCGGAGGUAACAGAUUUGAUAUCACAAUUGACCACACAAGUUAUGAAUGUGCCGGCAAAAUUAGAAAAAGUGACAGAGGAAUUACAAAAAACUUCUGCUAAGAAAGAUGAAUUACUAAGCAUGAAAUCGCUAAAUGAGAAGAUGAUGACUCUUAAAGAGAAGGAUAUACCACAGCUGGAGACGCGAUUAAACGACAUUGAAAAGCAAAUAACAACAUUAUCUGAGGAAUGUGAAGAACUGUCAAUGACUCUCCUUGAACCAGAUCAAAAGUUGCAAACGGCAAAACAAAUCCAAAGCGACAUGCCACUGCUCGAUAGAACUGUUCAAGAAAUUGGUACCAUUUCCAAAAGUUUAGAAAAAGCAAAAUCUCAAUGUGUCGAGUUAGAAACGAGCAUAACCUUAGAUGAUGCGAUGGCAAAGCAAGCUGAUCUCAAACAGAAAAUAUCUGCUUUGAAAACUAAAAUUAAGUCAUCACAGAAGAAACUGAAUGCCCAUAAUAAAAAAUUACAAACAAUGGCCGAUAAAAAGAACAAACUUAAGGAACAACUUCUCAACUUACAAAAAAAGGUCCAAGAAAUAUUUUCUCUGCAAGAAAAGAAAAAACAAUUAGAGGAAGAUGGCGAAAAGUUUCUCGUGGAACUGAAUGAAUUUAAAGAAGGCAUUCCUCCUUUAGAAGAAGCUCUUAAAGAGAAAGAAAAAGAUAAGAGGGAAACAGUAUUAAAAUACAGAGGUAUUACAGAUACCAAAAAUAGUCACAUAGCAAAAGUGGUCAAUUCUUUUGACAAAGUUAAAUCAAUAAGUGCCGAAAUAAAACAACACAAAGAGAAGAACUUACCAUUAAAAAUGGCAAAAAUUAAGGAAAACAAUGAAAUCAGAAUGGAACAGCUCAAGACAAUUAUGGCAGACAGAGCCGCACUUACUAAGAGAAUUGAUACUAUAAAAGAUGAAAUAGCUAAACAACAGAUUUACAAAAGGGAUUUGGACGAUAACUUGAGCUUAAGAAAAAUUGAAGCAGAAAUUGAAAACCUUCUAAAAGAAGAGGAAAAGAAUAACGAAAAAAUGAAUGGUGUCGACAGAGACAUGAUUUCAGAGAAACCAGCAUUGAUAACACUUCAAACUAAGAAGAUGAGAGAAAGAGCGCAAAUUGAAGGAAGUUUGAGUGAAUUAAAGGAAAGACUGAAACAGUGUAGAUUAGAAUUGAAGAAGACUAAUAAAGAUAUAGAAAAUAGAUACAGAGAGAAGUUCUAUGAGUUACAUGUAACAAAAGCUAUCGAUAAGGAUAUUAGAGAUUAUGCAGUUGCAUUAGAAAAGUGUGUUAUGGAAUUCCACAGAGAAAAAAUGGAGAGUAUCAAUUUAAUAAUCAGAGAAUUGUGGAGGAAGAUUUACAGAGGUAAUGACAUUGAUUACAUUGAAAUAAAGACUGAGGGGGGAAUGACAUCAGAUUCAGAUCGACGUAAAUACGAUUACAGAGUGGUACAAUGCAAGAACGGCGUCGAAAUAGAUAUGAGAGGAAGAUGUAGCGCUGGUCAAAAAGUGUUGGCUUGCCUUAUUAUUCGAUUGGCUCUUGCAGAAACAUUCAGUUCUAGGUUCGGUAUAUUGGCAUUAGAUGAGCCUACAACAAACCUGGACCAAGAUAAUAUUAGAAGUUUGUGCUCAGCAUUAGGAGAGAUAGUGCAAGAACGAAUGACCCAGAAAAACUUUAUGUUCAUUAUUAUAACGCAUGACAAGGAGUUCAUCGAAUCUCUAGGCAACAUUGAUAAAGUAAGCCAUUAUUAUGAGGUAUCCAGAAAUGAAGAUGGCAAAUCUAGAAUUAAGCGAAUUCGUUUUACAUGAUUUUAAUAUAAUAAUAAUAAAAUGCAUUCCUUAUUGUGCACUAUCGAUAGAUAAUAAGAAGGCUGUGCCUUACAAUUUUUUCUGAAUCAUUACAUUUUGUAAGAACGUAUGAAUAAACAUUUUUUUCAAUAUCUUAUUACAUUUUCUGUUAUUAUUUUUCUUAUAAGAAAAUAAAUACUUUAAUAUUUUUAUAA